UUGCUAAGGAAGUUCGUCGUUAGUAGUGUCGCCUGUCGAUGCAUUCGAUUAUGCCAAAUCUGGCCACACUAGUCUAACCCAACCUGUUAAAUCAUUAAUAACCAUCGCAAAGAAUAUACAAGUAAUUAGCGGAAUUUUUAUUCUUAGAUAUUAAUUUCUGUUAAUUUAGUGCUUUUAACGUAGAAUUUGUUAUUAAAUCAGAAUCGUGUAUUGGUCUCUCAACGUUUUUAAUAAAUACAAACAGACACUUUGAUUACUAUGUAACAUUGUCAUCUAAUUAUUUUGUUCAUAUUUUUGCGAAAACGAACGGUAUGUUUGUUAAUAUAAUAUUUUCUGAUUGGUGUGCAAAGAAAUAUUUUGUUUUCUAUCCACCUUAGACAAGAGCUAUUAUCAGGACAAAUAAGUAUUCUUUGGUUCAUUUAUGUUUGCUGUAAGUACAUAUUUAACAUCAUUUUUAGCAGAUCUGUUUAAAGAGUUAAAAAUAUGGAAGCUCAUUCAUAUAUUUCAUGUAUCAAAAUUAACGGAGUUCCUAUCUUACCGCCCAUGAUGACUAAAGAUAUUAAAGAGGAAAUGUCCAAUUAUAAACAAAUUGCAAUUAAUAUAGAGAGAAAAUUGGCAAUUUUACAUGUUGCUCAGGAACAUGACAAUAUCAAUGCAAAAACAGUUAGGAAAGGAUCUAAGAAUUUGCAACUUAGAAAAAGAAUUUGUAAUUUGAAGGAGAAUUUAGUUCCUUUUGAAUGCAAGAGUAUUGAUCAGAAUAAAAAUAAUGUUAUGGCUAUUAAUGAUAUUUCAACAGACACUUCUGAAAGUCCUAAUGAAAAUGUAGAAAAAAUCACACAAUGGGAUAUGCGGAAGUUAGAUACAGAAUAUAAGUCUGAAUGUCAAAUAAAUCCAGAGUUGAUUACUAUUGGAAUUGGCACAGAUCAUUGUUUAAAUCAAGUAACAUCAACGAAAUUCAGUACUUUUAGAAGAGAGUCGGAGAUUUCAAAACCACAAGUGCCUAAAACAUUAGAUAUUAUUCCAUUGAUAUUGAGUAAUUAUAAUUCCAGAGAAGAUGAAAAAUAUCAAAGAAACAGUUUAUCCAAUACAGGGGAUAUUCCUAAAUUAGUACGUCAAGGUUCUUAUGUGCUGGAUACUCCAAGUCCUAUACUACUUGCACACAUGCAAAUGGAAAUGUCUAGUUCGAAUUCCGACCCUUGUUCAGAAUAUGUUCCAACAACGUGUACAAAUACAAUACGUCGGAAAGAAUGGAAUAUUGCACAAGCCAAGAUCGAGUGGCAAAAUGAAUCCAAGAGUAAAGAAUUUGUUCCUCUAGAAUCAUACAGAAUAGCUCCGAAACAGAAAAGAAAUUUAUAUUCUAGUACCAAUACCAAAAUAUGUAAAUCAAAUUCGUUGCAGUCGAAACCUGAAUCUGUUUAUGUAGCAUAUCCAGCUACAAGAUCUGUUGAUUGCAUUCAAACAAUGUUAGCCAAUGAAAAUGGUGACAGAAGUAAUGCACAAACUAAUUCCAAUAGACACUAUGCCAUGGACCAUAAAAAUGAAAAGAAACACAGAUUUCAAAAAUGGAAAAAGUACAAUAGCUCCUUUACUUUUCCAUCAACGUACAAACAUGGUGGUUCUUUGGAAAAUUUAACCAGCAAUGGUGUACCAUUUUCCAAAUGCACGGAGAGCGAGCAUAAUAAUAUUUCCAUGAGUAAUAAUUUCACAAGAGAAAUUUCAAAGAACACGGAAACAGAAGAUUCUAUGUCCAAUUUAAAAUCUUCCAUUGCAUCUGAUAAACUUCUAACAGUUUACAAAAAGGUGCAGGAAAUGCAUAAAAAACAAAUGAACGAACUAGUGUCUCGACAGCAAAGGGAACAGACACUGCUCCAGAAGGAGUUUGAAAAGCAACAAUUACUUUUACUCACAGAAAUCAGAAAAUCCUUCCCGGAGAUUUCAGUUCCGUUGCUCUCUGAAAACAUUCUGUCUUCCGCUUUUAGUCAAGUUACUCCCAAUGGAGAAAAACAUUUCGAAAAUAGCAACGAUACUACAGAAAAUAUAAAAAACCUAAAAAGUAAUUUACAACAAGAAAGCGAAAUAGGACAUUUAGGUGACAAUAAUGCAACUUUGAUUCCAUGCCCACUGGAUUAUAUUUAUCCCGAAAUGAAUGUUUGUAAUUUGGAACCUUAUUCUACUAAAUGUUCACAUUCAGUUGAUACAUUAAAGUUGAAAUCAUCGUGUAAAAUCAACAAUCCUGCAAUAACAGAUGAAAACAAAGACUCUGAGAUGCAACUAGAUAAUAAGACUCAUGAAGAGAAACCGGUAGAAGAAGGUCGCGGGUGGAAACGUUUAAACGUUAGUCGACAACUAUUUCCUUUAGAUAGUAAAACUAUUCAUGUACCAGUGCUUGAUAGGACAAUGUAUGGGGAAAAACAUGCAGAAGCAGCAAACGUGAUCAAUGCAUAUACAAGAGGCUAUUUAGUACGUAGAUUGAUGCGAACAGAACGCGUGAUUGCUUUGAAAAAUACAUAUAAGGAAGCUUUACACUAUAUGCUCAAGCUUCACGUUGAUGCACCUCUUAAUCGGUCAGAAAUUAGUUUUCUACAUCGCCUUCAACUACAGUGCGAUGCAGCUUCUAUGAAUAUAGUGGAGUUAUUUGCCCAAAAUCCCGAGAAAAGAAUGCAAGUAAUAGCGCAAGAUCGUGAAAUCAAGCAAUCUCGCAUAGAACGUCCGAUGUCUGCCAGAUCAUAUUCGUUUGCAACUCAACGGACCUUAGCCAGGAAAAAACAGAAGGAGAUGGAAGAAUAUCAACCAACUUCAUUUGCACGUUCGUGUUUAUCUAGAUCUAGAUGUCAAACUUGGACGUCUGAUGUUAAAGAAAAACUUAUUUCUCCAAACAUUUUAUGUCAUAGUAUUAAAAGGAGUACUAGUGCUGGAACUGUAAGGAAACCAUGGCGGUGAAACUACAAUAGUGCCUUUUAUUAUUCUAGUUUUAUUACGUUGCAUACAUGUAUAAAAUAUAAAAUGUAAACAAGCCCACUC